CGAAGUUCUUCUGUAUCGGUGUAUGUGUUGAGAAAGGGAUAGGCAGUGAGAGAAAAUGCCUCUCAAAAACAUCCCAAAAUGUUUGUCACCUCAGCUCCUGCAUGUUCUGGCGUCCAUGGGACAUGGAGAUGAGAUUGUAUUAGCUGAUGCCCAUUUUCCAUCGUCUUCUAUAUGCAGGGAUGGCCCAAUAGAAGUCAGGGCAGAUGGUCUAGAUAUACCUACCCUUUUGGAUGCAAUUCUACAGUUGCUCCCCCUUGAUACGUAUGUUGACUCUUCAGUAGCCUUAAUGGACCCAGUCCAGAGUGAUAAAGACAGUCACAUACAGAUUCCCGUGUGGAGCAAGUACAAGGAGAUUAUCAGAAACAGGGAGGGCCCCAGUGUGGUAAUCGAGUAUGUAGAAAGAUUUGCCUUUUAUAGAAGAGCCAAGACAGCAUAUGCCAUUGUUCACACAGGAGAGAUGGCCAAGUAUGGAAACAUCAUAUUGAAGAAAGGCCUUGCCCUUUGAUUUCCUGACAAUCUGUUCCCAGUUCCCUUCGUUAAUUACACCACUGGAAAUCCUUCAUAGGAAAUCCUCCCCUCAUCAAAUCUUGUGAUCCUCUUGAUAAUUUAUUUAAUUAUUUCAUGUACAAACAAAUAUACAAAUUCAUAUAAAUUAAUUUUUUAUAUACUUUAACAAUUUAUAUGUUAUGAAAUAAAACGAAGAAAAGACAA